CUGGUGGUCAUGCUUUGACUACAGGGGAUUACAGGAGUACUAUGAAUACCUCAAAAUCUUCCACUGCACUUCUAGACCCUGCAGCAGCGCAGAAUUCAUCUAGACAGUCUGAUCAAGCAUCAACUCCCAGCAGACCACACGGGGCUAUCUCCUCGGCUAUUUUCGAUGAAGAUCAAUUUCUCGCGAGCAGCGGCAAGGCUGAGCCAGUCGCGUUAUCUGCCAAGAAAAACUUAGCUGUGGCUGAGCAGCAGUAUCAUGGUGGAGUUUUAUUGGGUUCGUCACCUGCGAAACUGUUGACAUCUUCUGCUAGUUCGCAAUCGACAUCCUCACAAGGUCAACAACAAUCUUCGUCUAGUACAAGUAAAAUCCUCAAAGUCGAUCAAGGGCUGAGCAAAACCGUUCUUUUCCACCAGGACGCUGAUGCUUACUCAAGACAACUGUCCAACCGCUUACCGCCAGAGUCUAUAGCCGUGUACCUGGACGAACUGAGGGAGUUUUUGCGGCAGCGUCGCGCACUCGACUUGCUGUACAAGUACUGCGUCUUCAUCAGCGACCACGUGAACGCAGGCUUACUGGCGAUCCAGCUGUUCAUCAUUUCAGCCUCUUGGGACAGCCGUGUUGGUCAUUUGCACGACGCUCUAGCACAGUUGCAAACGUCUCUGGAGCCUAAUAGAGGUUCAUAUAGGAACAGUUCCUAUAGAAGUGCGAGUGCUUUAGGAGAUCUUCAUGACCACAAUCCUGGGCACCUUCAAUCCUCCUCGCCUUUGAUUUCUGCACGAGGGGGUGGAUCUCUGGGUCUGCCUGGGAGCAGUUCAGAAGAACACAGUCCUGUGGACCACCCUUUGGGGAUUCUGGGAGCUGACACUGCGGUGAUUGACGAGACAGGACUCAACUUUCGACCCAGUGACUACCACUUAGCACCGGUCGGCGCACCUUCGUCGAGUGGUCUGGGACUAAACGUAUUUUCGUCGAGCGGUAGCAGCAGCAGUCAGGCACAGAAGUUUUUGAACUACAGUGGCAAAAAUGGCGAAUCGCAGAGUGAUAACUUUGGUCUUGCAGGAGCGGGUGCAUCAUCUUCUAGAUCUGUCCAGAAAAACAACAACAGAACGAAAAACUCGUCUUCUUCUUCAGGCUUCUCCAGCUCAUCUAGUUCCACCUCUUCCGCGUCCGCCCACCAGCAGCAUAAUAACGGCACCAUCUUCAACCCUCACAAACUACAACAACACGUCUACGUCGAUCUUCUUUCUGGCAAAGAGAUUUCUCAUGCGGAGAUCAAACGGAAUCUUCAGCUAGUGCGGUUCCAGUGUCGUGUCUGUGAAGCCUUACCCCGUGACCGUGCUCACCUCUUCGAUGCUUCUCUGUGGGAGAAUUCUAUGGCGAAAAAAAGCAAGUUGUCACAGAUGGCCCUUCUACAUUUGAGCAAUGCCACGAUUUCUCGCAGAUGUGAGGUAGCGGAGAAGCUCCUAGUAACUGCGCAUUUCGAACUAGGACAGCAAAUCAUGGACUUCUUGGAAUUACCAGUGGUGGAAAUCUGUGUCAGAGCGUCGAACGAACUAGCAACAGCGGAAGCAAGAAAAGCGAACAACUGCGCCAGC